CGGGCUUUAGGACCCUGCAGGUGCGCGGUGUUUAGUGUUCAGUAAUGUGCAGUGCGGAUCCUCAUCCUCAGAGCGCGCGACCAUCCGGCUGAUUCCCACCCUUGCGCUCUCUCCGCCUUUCGUCCUUGCGCGCGGAGCCUCACAGCCGCAGCAUCACCACCGCUCCGUCGGCCCGCGAGCGCGCCUGAGCGCCGAAGAGAGCGAGCCCCCCAGCCGCCGCCCCCCCCAUGCUGAUGGCCUCGUCCGCGAGCGGCACGGAGGAGGCGCGCGGUGCGGCGUCCUCGUCGGCGCCCACGCCCCUCAAGCUGGUGGGCCUGGUGUGCGUGUUCCUGGCACUAUGCCUAGACGUGGGCGCCGUGCUGAGCCCCGCGUGGGUCACCGCCGACCAGCAGUACUACCUGUCCCUGUGGGAGUCGUGCUGGAAGUCCGCCGGCGCGAGCGCGUGGCAGUGUAGCGGCACGCUGAACACGGAUUGGCAGAUCGCCACGUUGGCGCUGUUGCACGGAGGAGCCUUCCUCAUCCUCAUCUCCUUCAUGGUGGCCCUGGUCUCCGUGUGCACGUGCAGCAGGAGGCGUUUCUACAGACCCGUCGCCGUCAUGCUGUUCGCCGCAGUUGUCCUGCAGGCCUGUAGCUUGGUCCUGUUCCCCAUCAAGUUCAUCGAGACGAUCAGCUUGCGAAUAUACCACGAGUUCAACUGGGGUUACGGCUUGGCCUGGGGCGCCACCAUCUUCUCGUUCGGGGGAGCCAUCCUGUACUGCCUGAACCCCAAGAACUACGACGACUACUACUGACCCACCCUGAUGCACGACUCCGCCCCUUUACCCCCUUCCCCCACCGACACCCCUUCCCCACUCCCACCGUACAACGCUCUUUCGCAUUCCCGACAGCUCACGCACCGAACUUUUAUUUGCUUCCUGAGAAACAAAAAAAAAAAAAACACGCAAACUGGGUGCGGAGCCCGUCCGAUUCCGGACCGACCAGUCUCACGCCGACAACCGCCCUGAGUUCUUUCAUCAUCAUCAUCAUCCUUUUAGGGUUCCUUAUUAAAGUGUCACUCUGUUCCCUCUGUUCUCAUCUCUCCAUCACAUUUCCGAAUGCACCGAUCCGUCUCUGAUCUUUAAGCAUCGGGCUCCGGGGAGAUCUCCGGAAGCAGUCAUGUGCCGAUCCCUGCGGAGCGCUCCAUCUGGAACGGGGUUUAGCAUCGGACCUGCUGCAUGCGCACACACUUACAACUCCACUUACACACCGAUCACGCAGAGUGUGUUAGGUUUCUGUAAUGAGGAAGCACAACACGGAACAUAUGCUAACCUUAGUUCACACUAGCAAGCGACAAGCCUGUAAUAGCUAUACCGAGCUAUUAUAUACAGCUAUUACUAUUUAGACAAAUUAAACGACGCGCUAAUCGGUGUGAAGAUUGUUUCUCCGAUUUACGACGACGCUACGACGUUUUUCGAUUAGAUUAGCAGACCAAGCUAACUCGACUAGCUACGAAGACUGCCCGGUUAACGCACCGCCGAUCUGGCUUUGCUGCAAGUGUUAUUUUUCUUCGUAAUGUCUCUACGCGCGUUUAUACACGUUUGAGUCGUACCUCGUCUGCGUACAGUUGAGUAAAUCGUAACUAGACUGCGACUCGCGGCUCUGCGUCGCGCACGUGUGUAAAAUUAACAGCCGCGUGGCGCUUCGGGGCUUGCUAGUGUGAGCGCAGGGUUACGGUGUGAGCACAUGGAGAGCGUGAAGGAGGUUUGCGAAGUCCGGCGAAGUGACUACGAUCGGAGGCGUUACGAAGAUUCUAACACUGGGAUGGUUUGUAGUUCCUGGACAGCAGGGUGCAAAAGUCUGAGUGCAAACGUCUCUACGCAGACAUUCUGCUCGCACGUUAUUUCCACAAAGGCUGAGACGGCAGGACUGUGUCAGAGUCGUUAAGUACCUGACUGACUAGUUUUCGCUAACUUGCUAAUCACAGUCUAUAUUUUUCAUAUAAGGAUAUCCUCAAACAAUCGACAGCUUCUUUAACGUUGGCUAGCUAGUUCCUAAUAUCGGUUCGUUAGCUAGCUAGCUAUAUAUUAGCAUAUCUUCUAACAAAUAUGAUUUUCUCUAAAGUUAGCUGGCUGGAUUUCCCGUGAGACGUUUCGUAGCGUUUGCGAACUAGCUCGCUAUCUUUGUAUUCGGAUAUCUUCUGACAAAUACAGUUUUCGAAUACACUAGCGAGUUAUGCUGUUGGAGAUUAACUGAUGUUUGGUAACCGGCUAGCUAUCUUUAUAUUAGCGUAGCCUUUAACAAAUGGGAUUUUCUCUAAAGUUCGCUAGCUAGUUAUGCUGUUGGACAUUAGCUCGUGCUUGAUAAAUAGCAUUAGCCAGCUAGCUAGUUUUUAUGUGGAACUUAACUUAGAUGUUAGCUAAAGGGCUUGCUAUGGCACUUUCCUUAACAUUUGUUAGCUAGCUAGUUUGCUGUUGGACAUUUUCUAACGUGAGCAAUCUAUCUAUCAUUAUAUUCGUACUGUUUAUCCUUUAACAAAUGGGAUGUUAUCUGAUGAACUGCUAAUCUGAUGCUAAUCUAGAUCUCCUUGUAGCUUUUUCUCCCUUGUUUGAUCUUAGCUAGCUGACUUUUUAUGGGCAUAUCCUCUAACAAAGGGGAUUUACACUAAUGUUAGCUAGCUAGUUUUGCUAUGAGACAACUGUAAUGUUUAGUUAAUGUAUAGAUUUGUAUAUUUUCUCUCAGGUUAGCUAGUUAGUUAACAUCAGACAGCUUUGUGUGCGGAUAUCUUCAUAUGUAUCCAUCAGAUAUUAUUUAGCUAGCUGACUUUUUUUUUUUUUUUUUUUUUUUUUUAACAUUAUCUAGCUUUUAAUUGCUAGUUACCUCGCUAGCUUUGUAAGGGAAUAUUCUCAAACUAAUUUCCCCUACUGUUAGCCAGCUAGUUUGGCUGUGGGAGGUUUGCUGAGUAGCUAUGAACUUCUCAUAGGUUUAUCCCCUUACAAAGAUGUAAAUCUUGCUAAUACUGUGGAAUAUUUUAUGCGCUACUUAGCUUAAUUGCACUCAGACAUUUGGACUCGACUGUACGAGGAAGCGGAGAUGACUUACCAAAGGGUAUUUUAUCCAGCGAGAAACCUGGGGGUUAACUCGAGCUCGGUAUAGAUUUGUUUUUAUAACAUAUUACAUAUUUUCACCAAAUUGUAGCUAACGUCAGGGUAAUAGAAUAAGAUUUAUGGCUAGAGCAUGCUAAAUGGAGCAACAUGGGUUAAUUAGCUUUUCUGGAAAUAACUGUGAGGUUCAUUAGUGCACCUGUAAGGAGUGCAUUCACGUUAUGAUAAGUGUGUGUUAUGGAACUAAUAGGGCUGGCUGGGUUUUUAUUCUGUUUUGUUUGUUUGUUUUUGUUUGUUUGUUUCUUUCUUUCUUUUCCCUGUCAGUUUUAGCAGAGACCAAACUAUGACUAAUGCUAAAGCUGAUUUUAUUGUUUGCUGUUCAGAUUCUGGCGUCUUCACCUGCCUUCACUGUUUCUACACCGUGGCCGUCUGUCCUGAGAUUCUUGUCCGUGGUCACAGCUUUUCUUUUCUUCCAAUUGCAAAGUGCGUUUUUAAAAAAAAAAAAAAAAAGUUAUCUAACAGUGAAAUUAUUAAAGUAGGCAUGUGCCAGUGUAAAAAUGGUCACCUCAUAAUACCGGCUUAACUAUUUAAUUACGGUCCAUGAUAUUGAAAUUUAAACAAUGAAAACACUACAGUAAAUUAUUCCUUAAUUAGAGGCUUAUCAGUUUUUUUUUUAAAAGGAUAAUGGAGGGAACAGGAAAUAUUAUCUCACCUGAUGAUAAAUACUCGGUAGUCAGUACUCAAUAUUCACUGCUCAAUACUCAGUAGUCACUGCUCAAUACUCAGUAGUCACUACUCAGUACUCACUAGUCACUACUCAGUACUCAGUACUCACUACUCAAUAUUCACUACUCAGUAGUCACUACUCAAUACUCAGUAGUCACUACUCAAUACUCAGUACUCAGUACUCAAUAUUCACUACUCAGUAGUCACUACUCAAUACUCAGUCGUCACUACUCAGUACUCACUACUCAAUACUCAAUAUUCACUACUCAGUAGUCACUACUCAAUACUCAGUCGUCACUACUCAGUACUCACUACUCAAUACUCAAUAUUCACUACUCAGUAGUCACUACUCAAUGCUCAGUAGUCACUACUCAAUACUCACUACUCAGUACUCAAUAUUCACUACUCAGUAGUCACUACUCAAUACUUAGUAGUCACUAAUCAAUACUCAGUACUCAGUAGUCACUACUCAACACUCACUGGUCACUACUCGGUACUGAGUACUCACUACUCAGUACUCACUACUCAGUACUCAAUAUUCACUACUCAGUACUCAGUACUCAAUAUUCACUACUCAGUAGUCACUACUCAAUACUCAGUAGUCACUACUCAGUACUCAAUAUUCACUACUCAAUACUCAGUACUCAGUACUCAAUAUUCACUACUCAGUAGUCACUACUCAACACUCACUAGUCACUACUCGGUACUGAGUACUCACUACUCAGUACUCAAUACUCAGUACUCAAUGUUCACUACUCACUACUCAGUAGUCACUACUCAAUACUCAGUAGGCACUACUCAGUUCUCACUACUCAAUAUUCACUACUCAGUAGUCACUACUCAAUACUCAGUACUCAAUAGUCACUACUCAGUACUCAAUAUUCACUACUCAGUAGUCACUACUCAAUACUCAGUAGUCACUACUCAAUACUCAGUAGUCACUACUCAGUACUCAAUAUUCACUACUCAGUAGACACUACUCAACACUUAGUAGUCACUAAUCAAUACUCAGUACUCAGUAGUCACUACUCAAUACUCAAUAGUCACUACUCGGUACUGAGUACUCACUACUCAGUACUCAAUAUUCACUACUCAAUACUCAGUUCUCACUACUCAAUAUUCAAUACUCAGUACUCACUACUCAGUACUCAAUAUUCACUACUCAAUACUCAGUUCUCACUACUCAAUAUUCAAUACUCAGUACUCACUACUCAGUAGUCACUACUCAAUACUCAGUACUCAAUAUUCACUACUCAGUAGUCACUACUCAAUACUCAGUAGACACUACUCAGUUCUCACUAGUCACUACUCAGUAGUCACUAUUCAGUACUCCGUACUAACUACUCAGCUUGAAGGUCGUGUCGAAAAAAAAGACCGUUAUCACUGUAUGACUCUGUGUACGAGUUGGAGCGAGUAGUACACCAUCACAAAAUGUACUUAUGUAUUUAUUUAUUUAUUUAAUGACAAACUAUCAUUGGACUCUUGCUCGGCGUAUGUGGAGUAAGAUUUGUGCCACUAAAAUUUGGAUCUUUAUUCUUAUGCCUAGUUUAAGAGUUUAGGUCUGGAUUCCAAUUUAAUCACGUUCCAUUUUGAAGAAGGAGAAAAAAAAACGAGAAAGAAAAUGGGCAAAACGAUGAAUCCAACAAAUUCAGAAGCGGCUGAUUGGCUGAAACGGAGCCUAUUGUUUGCUUGAAUGCUUGUGUCAUCAGAAUUUAAAAUGACUUAUUAUUAUUAUUAUUAUUAUUAUUAUUAUUAUAUAGAAAUUCAGUUUCUAGCCUUUGUUACUAGAUGGAUUUUCACUUUGUAAAUCAGACUUGCUUUGCUUAUUGCCUUCGAUUAAAAUUAAAUUUCAAGGCUUUUGUUACGACGCGGAUUUUUGUAACGACCAGAUGUACACACUGAGAGUGAUAUGGGACUACUUUGCUAGCUACGAACCUCGCAACUGAAACCCCGAACUACGCGAACAGGAAGUGCCUAGCUACCCAGCUAACUAUUGUUACUGCUAGUAGCGCUACUACUAAACAGGCUAAUAAGGACCCCUUGUAAACAAAUCGAAAUCAUUUUAACAUCAAAUGUAAAGUUGAAAAUACAAUUCAUUUCCAAAUCCUAGUGGCGCAAAACAUUCAUUCCGUACUGCUGAACCGAAUCAGCUCAUACUGCCUACUGAACGCAAGCACGAACACUGCCCCGAAACGCGGCGGCCUACGGACACGGGGCGAGAUUUAAAUCAUCCACAGUCCCGAUAUCGCGUACGCGUCCGUCACGCGGUCGCUCUGUUCCGCGGCGCCUCCGAACUUCUCGAUUCCGAUUGGUCAGAAGGCGUCGAUUAGUUUUCUAGAACAGCGGCUCUAAUAACGCGCUCGUUCUAAUACGUCAUCGUUUCUAUAGCGACGGCUCAUUCACAGGGAAUCGUACGGCGUUGGGGAAGUUUUCUGUAAGGAGAUGUUUAUGUAACACGUACGGAAGGAGUCUCCAGUGUCAGCGCUUUGUAACGGUCGGGGUUAACGCCGAAAGUGUACGUUUUUCCGACAUCUUCAGGGCAGAGUUUGCUCGUUCUUCCUGCCCGAUUAGUUUCCCCCAUAACGUGACGAACUGCGUGAGGGAACGACGUGAGGGAACGUUUUUUUUUUUGUGGACGUUCCACAACGUUAAACGUAACUAUAAACUGAUUUUCAUUUAAAAAAAAAAAAACAAAAAAAAACGACGUAUCCUUCUUUUAAUCGACAAAAUGGUUGUUUUUGGCAAAUCGCUGCGGUGUAAGAGGAAUAAAACGCUCGCACACGCAUCGUAGGACUAAUGAGCAGCACGUGUCUUAUCGCUUAGGAAAGAAGAAAAAAAAACGCACACAAUUUGACGCAACUGGGAAAAGAAACUGUACAGAAAUGUGUAGAAAACGUUCGAUGUUCUAGGAAACCUGUAGGUCUUGUGGUUUAGCUGAGCCUUGCUAAUAGACUAGCUUCUGAUCAAUAUCUCACGAGUCAAAUUAUUAAUCAUACUGAAGUAUUAAUAACACUCUGUUAUGGUGGAGUAGAGGACUGUAUUUCAUAGCACUGUCAAUUUAAUGUGUGUGUGUGUGUGUGUGUGUGUGUGUGUGUGUGUGUGUGUGAAGGAGAACGGCAUGAAACACCUUUUUUUUCUGAGUGUGUGUAUGAGAGAGAGAGAGAGUGUAUGAAUUCUGCUGGGGUUUUUUUUUUUUUUUUCUUUUUUCUUCCCAAACCCCAAAAUGCAGCUGUGACCUGAAUCUGAUUUCUAUACACUAACAAAAUAAACAGUUAAAAAAAAAGAAAGAAAAGAAAAACGUACACUGCUCGCAUUACUUGAAAACAGGAAAUGCGUCUGCUGUAAUCGGAAAAAAGACAUUUCCUCACACACACACACACACACACACACGGGUCAUGUCAUACUGCGUCGACGUUUAAAGAGCUGAUUAACAACCCAACGCUUUUCGGGACCCGUUUUUCCAAACAGGGUGAGCAAGAAGGAGACGUCAUCUACAACAACAACAACAACAACAACAACUAGCUCGCUAAGAUGUCUAGGAAAUGUCCAUGCACUGUAAUAAAAUGACCAAAUGUG